AUGGGAGCUACCUCUCGUCGAGUGACAACCAGCGUGUUUUUGUUUUGCAGGUUCGCAGACCCAGCGCCAUCUUCAAAGCCCGCCUUCGCGACCAGAUUCACUUGCUGCUUCUUCAUCACCCUCCAAGCUUCAAAAGCAAUCUCCACUCUCGACACAAUGGCCGCCAUCAAGUCUCUCAUCACCCGCGACGAGGUCGUCAACCAGCUCGUCAAGCGCGAGAAGAACUGGGCUGCCCGGGAGCCUGGUGUCAUGGUCGUCUUCUGCAUUGUCGGUGUCGUCGCCAUCGGUCUCCUCGGCCUCUUCAUCCACAAGAAGCUGGCCGCUCGCAAGGCCAACAAGGCCGUUGUGGUCUAG